AACUCUCUAUGGACAGCACAGGCCUCAGUGCUCUCACGGUGACAUCUUGUGGUGUAAAGCGGACGUUGCUGCUGUAGUGAUUUAAUCCCGAGUCCAUCCAUCCCCAAAAACACUGAAAUAAUCUGGAAGUGAUGGAAUCCAAGAAGGGCUUUUACACAGGUCAUGUCAUCGAGGGGCGGGGACCACCACGUUGCUCCUCCCCCUCCGGGCUGCCGUCACCGGGGCUGCUGGACCGGAGCAACUCGGCACCAAACAACCAGCCGGCUGCUGCUGCUGCUGCUCCUUUCAGCUGAGAGAAGACCCUGGCAGCCAGGAGCCUUCCCGACGUCACUGCUCCUUCUUUCGCACCGUGAACGACAUGGCUUCCGACGGCAUGGACGAGCGAUCUCCGCUGCUGUCUGGCCCAAACUCCGAGAAUGUGACCCCCACUGCUCCCCCGUACCUGCAAGAUCCGAGCCCCCGAGCCGAACUACCUCCUCCUUACACAGCCAUCGCCAGUCCGGACGCCGGCGGUGUGCCCGUCAUCAACUGCCGCGUCUGCCAGUCGCUCAUCAACCUGGAUGGGAAGCUGCAUCAGCAUGUGGUCAAGUGCACGGUCUGCAAUGAAGCGACACCCAUCAAGAACCCUCCAACAGGGAAGAAAUAUGUGAGGUGUCCCUGUAACUGCCUGCUCAUCUGUAAAGACACAUCAAGGAGGAUAGGAUGUCCUCGGCCAAACUGCAGACGCAUCAUCAACUUAAGCCCUGUGAUGGUGAUCCCCGAGGAGCAACCUGCACAGCCGGCUCUGCCCAUCCAACCUGAGGGGAUGAGAGUGGUUUGCGGUCACUGUGGCAACACCUUCCUAUGGAUGGAGCUUCGGUUUAACACACUAGCCAAGUGUCCCCACUGCAAAAAAAUAUCAUCUGUUGGCAGUGCACUCCCCAGGAGGCGCUGUUGUGCUUAUGUAACAAUAGGAAUGAUCUGCAUUUUCAUUGGAGUGGGUUUAACAGUCGGCACUCGGAGCUUUGCCAUUCGUUACAACGCCACCUACGUCUCUUGGGCGUUGGCCUACCUGCUGGGCCUCAUCUGUCUGAUACGAGCCUGCUACUGGGGGGCGAUCAAAGUCAGCUACCCUGAGAACAGCUUCUCCUAGACAGGGGAACAGCUGAGAGAACAGACCCCACUUUUAAGUUGUUUUCAUCGUGUUUAGAUUUCAAACCGGCCAUGUUCAGCGGAGUGGUGCACCUGCAGAGUAUGUUGGAGUGAUGAAUGUUUGGAGGGCUGUUACGUUGACGAUGCAUCUUGUUGUGUUUGUGUCUGUUUUAGAAGUUUUACUCAUUGAACAAAACUACUGUGUGUCAAUCAGUCCACAUUGACUCAGAAUCCUGCCCAGGUUUUGCUUAAAUCCAUCAAUAUACAGAAUCAAGAACUCCAAUAAAACUGUGAUUGUCCUUGUGUGAAUGCCAAAAUUAGCUGAUUUAAAUAGUACUCGAGCAAACUGGUUGCAUUUUGUCUUUCUGGGCUAUUUAUUUAAUUUCUUUUUUUAACAACUUGACAUUUGUUUCUGACCAGACCAAAAUGAGACAACCUCCCGCGAUUAGUUUGCCCAUUGCACUAUAAUAUGAUAUGCAAUUGUAUUAUUUUUUUUGCUGCUAGUUUGACUCCAGCUGCAUAUCCGUACUGUAAUGUAACCUUCCCUGUGUACACUGACAUAGUAUUGCUUUAUGAUUUUAACUUGCAAACUGAUCAACUUUUUUUUGUAAGAAAUCCUCCGAAACUAUCCACGUGUGCCAGCUUUACUCCUCAGUAUUAGUUGAGUAGAGCAUCAGAGCAACAGGAGCUCCUUUUUUUAUUUCCAUGCUAAUUUUUUGGUGCCAUGCAGCUUUUCAACUCAUAACAGCAAUAACCCUUUUAUUUGAACCUCACCAUGUUAUUGUUGCCUUCUCACUCAAAGAAAAUGUCUGCAUGUUCGUAUCCUGCCACUUGGGUUGUGUUUUUUUACAUCCCGGUCCACAGAGGUAGCUGAAGUAUUUGAUGCUCCUGACUUUGCUCUGUCUGCCUGUAAGUUAGAAUGUAAACCCUCCUCUUCCUCCUCCUCCACCUCUUCUUCCUGCUUUUAUUGCUGCUCCGGUGAACUCCUUGCUAGCUAGCUCGGUUGCUAUAGGCUAAUUUGGCAUCCUGUCUCUUGACCAGUCUGCAAUCUUCUAACCUUGUCUUGAAUGUGAUGAUGAUGAUGAUGAUGAUGAUGAUGAUGUUGAGGAUGAUGAUGAUUAAGGUGAAUAUAUAUCAAAAGAACCUUUGUAAAUAGUUCAAAUUCAGUACUUGGAAAAGUGUAAUGAGAGGAUGAAGGAGUGGAGAUUUGUGGGUCUUUUUAAAAUGAUAAUUUAUCAAUAAAAAGCUAAAACUUCC